AUCUUGCUCUUCUACCUAGUCUUUUAUGGGUUCCUGGCUGCACUCUUCUCAUUUACAAUGUGGGCUAUGCUUCAGACUCUGAAUGAUGAGGUUCCAAAAUACCGUGACCAGAUUCCUAGUCCAGGACUUAUGGUUUUUCCAAAACCAGUAACUGCAUUGGAAUAUUCAUUCAGUGCGUCUGAUCCAGAGUCCUAUCAAAGGUACACUGAAGACCUUAGGAACUUUCUAAAACCAUAUGAUUUAGAAGAACAGAAGAAUCUCACAGCUUGUCCUGACCGAGUGCUUUUUGUACAGAAGGGUCCAAUUUAUCAUGCAUGUCAGUUUCCUGUUGCCUUACUUGAAGCGUGCAGUGGUGUGGAUGAUCCAGAGUUUGGCUACUCCAGAGGAAAUCCUUGUAUUCUUGUGAAAAUGAACAGAAUAAUUGGAUUAAAGCCUCAAGGAGAACCAAGGAUAGAAUGUAUUUCAAAGAGUGAAAACACAGCAGCUCUAUCAACUUAUCCUCCCAAUGGAGCUAUAGAUUUAAAAUAUUUUCCAUAUUAUGGGAAAAAACUGCAUGUGAGUUAUCUUCAGCCAUUAGUUGCUGUCCAGGUGUCCUUUAAUGCUAGCAGCAGUGCCGUAAAAGAAGUAACAGUCGAAUGCAAGAUUGAUGGAUCACCCAACCUAAAAAACCAGGAUGAUCGUGACAAGUUUUUGGGACGAGUUGUGUUCAAAAUCACAGCACGUGCAUAGUAGGAGUUAGGAUCUCCACAGAGUAAAUGUCGUGUUGUCUGUCUUCGUUUUGUAUCAGCUGGACCUGCCAUUCUAGAAUUUUGAGACCACCUUGGAGAAAGGUGGGGUGGUGCAUGACACUGGGGUAACAUCCUAACAUGCUUCCAGAUCAUAGUGUUCGGUGUCCUCUGAAGUAACUGCCUGUUGCCUCUGCUGCCUCUUGAACCAGUGUACAGUCGCCAGAUAGGGACCAUGAACACCGAUUCUGAACAUGUAGUACAGGGGGCUUAUUUUUAUGUGGUUUAAUUGCCAAGUGUCUAAAGCUUAAUGUGCUGUGCUAUGUAAAUAUUUUAUAGAUUUAACACUGGUUAACUUCCUAUUUUGAUGCCAGCAAAGUUGUAGGGAUAAAAUGGUACCUGAACAACAUCAAGUGACUUUCAUAGCUGCAAGAAAUGUGGUGUGAGGAAAACUUCUGUGAGGAGGAAAAAAGAAAAUAAAAGUGGAUUUGAAAGGUUGACUUGGAUGUUUUGUAAAAUUAUUUUUUACAUGCUGAAUUAGUCUGUGGAUCUUUUUGAUUAAGAGCACAAACUUUCUGUUGUAAAACAUGUAAAAAAUAUAUAUAUACUGAUGGGUUUAUUUUUAGUGCUGGAACUAAAAUCUCUUAUCAAGUAUUGUAGACCAUAGAUGAAACAGCAUUUUUAAGUUAGCCACUAUGAAUAUGCACCUAAUUUUUUAUGGAGUUAAAUUCAUAUGAUUUAAAUUGUA